AACCAAAGAUUGGGACUUUAACGGCAAAGAUGUGAUAAGGAGGAGGAAGCAAAAUGUGGUCGUCAAGCUUCUUAGCUUCUCCUCACUUGUCUUCUCCUCCCAAAUUGUCUCUCUUCUCAUCCUCAUCAUCAUCAUCAUCUUUUUCUCAUCACAAGAUCCAGAAGCAGCAGGUCCUCUGCUUUACCCAGAAUCCUUCAUCCAGAACUGGCAUCAAUCUCAGCAAGAGACACUUAAAUCUCUCGAUUCUCACUCUUUUAUUCAAUGGGUUCUUGUUGGAUAAGGCCAAAUCAACCGCAGACCUUCAAAGAUACACUGAUUCCAACAAUGGCUUCACUCUCCUCAUACCCUCUUCUUAUACCAAGGUAGAGAAAGCAGGAGCCAAUGCUCUGUUUGAAGAACAAAACAAUGGAAGCAACAAUAUUGGAGUUGUAGUGAGUCCUGUCCGUAUAAAGAGUCUUGAAGACUUUGGUGAUCCUCAGUUUGUAGCAGAUAAGCUCAUUAACGCAGAGAAACGAAAGGAAAGUACAGUGGAAGCUGAAGUUGUAUCAGUUGGAGAGAGAUCAGGACAAGGACAACAACAACAAGUGUAUGAGUUUGAAUACAAGAUUGAUAGCACGAGAGGUGGGAUCAAGAGGGUUUUCUCGGCUGCGUUUGUGAGUUCUAAGAAGCUUUAUCUAUUGAACGUUGUUCAUUCAGACAAACCAGAGAACCCUUUGGAUUCAAGUACGAGGAUGUUGUUGGAACAAGUUCUUCACUCCUUUGAUGCUCUGCCUCUCACAUGACAUCAUGACUCACCCCCAAAUAAAAAACUAUGUUUCUUGUUGAUGGGCUCAUUCUUGAGUUGAUGGGCUUUUGCUGAACCCAAUAAAUCUGAGAUUUCUUUUGUUACAAAAUCUGUUUCCUAAUUUUUGUGUAUAUUUGUGUGUGUGAAUAACAUGCAAAUACAAGUUUUGAAUUCGGAUAAUGACACAACAGUAACACUAUUAUAAAUUUGUAGUCGACGACUUAUAAUU